GGAGAGGGGAUGCGCUGGGGCCCGGGAAGAAUUGCCCCCUCUCCUCCGCCCCGCUCCUCCCUUGCCCCCCGCUCUGCUCCUCUGCCCCCAGAGCCAGCCUCAAGCCUCCCCCUGGCACCCCAAGCGGGGGCAUGGACAGCGCGGGGCCAGGAGAAAUGGUCAAUGCAUGGUUUGCUGAGAGAGUUCAUCCUAUCCCAGUUUGCAAGGAGGGAACCAAAACCCACAGUGAAUCUUGCUCUUGCUCUGCUCAACUGUUUACCUGUGCUGAGAUCACCAACCCUGGUACCCCAGCUAGGAAAAUCUCUGCCUCUGAAUUUGAUAGGCCUUUAAGACCUAUUGUUGUCAAGGACUCUGUAGGAACCGUGAGCUUUCUCUCAGACUCUGAAAAGAAGGAACAGAUGCCUCUACAAUCUCCAAAGAUUAGGACUGAUAUAGGAGAUCAGUGCUCAAGACUCUUAGAACUAGUGAAAGAUAUUUCUAGCCACUUGGAUGUAACAGCUCUUUGCCACAAAAUUUUUCUGCACAUCCAUGAGCUUAUAGCUGCAGAUCGCUAUUCCCUUUUCCUGGUCUGUGAGGACAGUUCCAAUGAGAAAUUUCUUGUCAGCCGGCUGUUUGAUGUUGCAGAAGGUUCCACCUUGGAAGAAGCUUCCAACAAUUGCAUCCGCUUGGAAUGGAACAAGGGGAUUGUGGGACACGUAGCAGCCUUGGGCCAGCCUUUGAAUAUCAAGAAUGCAUAUGAGGAUCCCCGAUUCAAUGCAGAGGUCGACCAGAUCACAGGGUAUAAGACACAGAGUAUUCUUUGUAUGCCAAUAAAGAACCACAGGGAAGAGGUUGUUGGUGUGGCUCAAGCUAUUAAUAAGAAAUCUGGAAUUGGUGGCACGUUCACAGAGCAAGAUGAAAAGGAUUUUGCUGCUUAUCUAACAUUCUGUGGAAUUGUUCUUCACAAUGCCCAGCUGUAUGAGACAUCAUUGCUUGAAAAUAGGCGUAACCAGGUGCUUCUUGAUCUUGCUAGUUUGAUUUUUGAAGAGCAGCAAUCCUUGGAAGUAAUUUUGAAGAAGAUAGCUGCAACUAUAAUCUCCUUCAUGCAGGUGCAGAGAUGCACCAUUUUCAUAGUGGAUGAAGAUUGCCCUGAUUCCUUUUCUAGUGUGUUUCACAUGGAGUCUGAGGAAUUGGAAGAUUCAGCUGAUGUCCUAAAGAGGGACUACGAUACAAACAAAAUCAAUUAUAUGUAUGCUCAGUAUGUCAAGAAUACAAUGGAACCUCUUAAUAUACCAGAUGUCUGCAAAGACAGAAGAUUUCCAUGGACGAAUGAAAAUGCAGAAAAUAUAAACCAGCACGUAAAGAGUUUGCUGUGUACGCCAAUAAAAAAUGGGAAGAAGAAUAAAGUGAUAGGUGUGUGUCAGCUUGUGAAUAAGAUGGAAGAAAACUCAGGUAAAAUCAAGGCUUUCAAUAGAAAUGACGAACAGUUUUUGGAAGCUUUUGUCAUCUUUUGUGGUUUGGGGAUCCAGAAUACCCAAAUGUAUGAAGUUGUGGAGAGAGCCAUGGCCAAGCAGAUGGUGACAUUAGAGGUCCUCUCAUAUCAUGCUUCAGCUGCUGAAGAAGAAACAAGGGAGCUGCAGGUAACAGCGGCUGCUGUAGUGCCAUCUGCACAGUCUCUAAACCUGACUGACUUCAACUUCAGUGACUUUGAGCUUUCAGAUUUUGAGACAACGCUGUGUACAAUUCGAAUGUUCACAGAUCUCAACCUGGUGCAAAAUUUCCAAAUGAAACAUGAGGUUCUUUGCAGAUGGAUUUUAAGUGUGAAGAAAAAUUAUCGGAAAAAUGUUGCAUAUCACAAUUGGAGACAUGCAUUUAAUACAGCCCAGUGCAUGUUUGCUGCCUUGAGAUCAGGUAAAAUUCAGAGCAAGCUGACUGAUCUAGAAACGCUUGCUUUGCUGAUAGCAGCACUGAGCCAUGAUUUGGAUCAUAGAGGGGUGAACAACUCUUACAUACAGAGAAGCGAACAUCCCCUGGCUCAGCUCUACUGCCACUCCAUCAUGGAGCAUCACCAUUUUGAUCAGUGCCUGAUGAUCCUGAAUAGUCCGGGAAACCAGAUUCUCAGCAGCCUUUCUAUUGAAGAAUACAAGGCCACUUUGAAAAUGAUAAAACAAGCCAUUCUUGCCACAGACUUGGCACUGUACAUUAAGAGAAGGGGAGAGUUUUUUGAACUUCUAAGAAAGAAGCAGUUUGACUGGGAAGAUCCUAUGCAAAAAGAGCUAUUUUUAGCAAUGCUGAUGACUGCCUGUGAUUUGUCAGCAAUAACAAAACCCUGGCCAGUUCAACAACGGAUAGCUGAGCUUGUAGCCACUGAAUUUUUUGACCAAGGAGACAAGGAAAGAAAGGAACUCAACAUAGAGCCAACAGAUCUAAUGAACAGAGAGAAGAAAAAUAAGAUCCCUAGCAUGCAGGUUGGAUUCAUAGAUGCCAUUUGUUUACAGCUGUAUGAGGCCAUGACUCACGUAUCUGAGGCCUGUUAUCCUUUGUUGGAUGGCUGUAGAAAGAACAGACAGAAAUGGCAAUCCUUAGCAGAACAGCAGGAGAAGAAUCUGAUUAACGGAGAAAGUAAUCAGUCCAAACGGAACUGAGUUGCUGGGUUAGCAAACACAUGCUUUAAGUUUACUCUAAAGAUACAAUAAUUUGGGAAUACUGCAUUUUGCUAUACACUGUGUGUGGAUUUUGUGUAUGCUUUACCACUGCUGUAUUAUUUUUUCCACAGCCUUUAAAAGCACAGCAUGAUCAUUUUUAUGUCAGUGUUCUAUAAUGAUUGUAUAUUCUUAUAUUUUAUUUGCAUGUGGUGAAACUAUAGAUUUGCAGGUAGUUUAUUCUACCCAGUUCUACAUAGAGGUACAACUUGCUGAUACUGGACUUGGUUGGAGGGCUUUCAGCUUUACAGAUGUGUAUAUAUAGAUGUUUAGUGUUUGUGACUGGCCAGUACCUUAAAAAAUAUCAUAUUCAGCACCUUGCUUCCCCUUAUUUUUUUUGUUGCAUCCUCGUAUGUAAGUAGUGAGCGAUGUUGUCUGCUCUCCCGCAAGUUGCCAGGAGGCAAGAAGGAUCUUGGUGAUUGAGGUUUGCAUUAAUGGCUGAAUCUAAUACUUGUUAUACUGAUAGAAUUUCCAUUGAAGUCAAUG